AAGUACAUUCUGUCAUGGAACGUGAUUCAGAAUUGAAUCCACCCGUUGCCGAGUGAAUGUUCUCUGUUGUCGCUACGGAGUUUCGCAACGUUUAAUAACAAGUGACGGUAAGAGAAUACGAAGUGAGAACGAAACUGCUUUUAAUUUUUCAAACGUUCGAGAAAAAAAAAGUGGAGUAAACGGAAAACACACUGUGCGACCGAAAGUUCGACAAUACGACGAUCAAACACUAUCGCACCGAGAUAAAUUUGUACAAAAAUCGCGCUGCGUAUUUAAAUCGUCGUCGAAACGUUGAACAACUGUUGGAACAGCCGGUCUAAAAUAACGAUAGAAAGUUCGGACGAUAUUGCGAACGCUAAAAGAAAAGUUCAAUUCUAUGACAGGAUAAUCGACUCCUCGCUUGUAGCAAAGAUGGCCGAGCUGAAGGAGCAACCAAUCAGAAGAGAGCACGAUUCGAUGGACGACUUUGAGCAUCUCGAGAACGUCCAGGAUGGACAGCCGGGUCUGCUGGAAGGUCACGUUGAGAAAACGCAAAGUGCUCUGGAACCAAACACGAACGCGGAAACAGACAUGAUUAGCUUUUCUCCUAACCAAUCGUUGAGCAAUCCGGAGGAUCCGAAGAAUGCGACGACGUUGCUGCUGGAGGCGGAGAAAGUUAGACCGGUCGAGGAGAAUAAAUUUGAGGUUAGGUCCAAGGAGCCGGAGCCGAGGCCUGCUCAUUCCUUGACAGAUCCGACAGAGGUCCCGUUGAUUGAACCGAUUCCCGUGAAAAAUGACGACGAGUUAAUGAACGUGCCGGCGGCGAGACCUAAAGAAGAAAUAAAAGAUCCGGUGGCGGAAACUAACAACAAAGUGACACCGCAGAGCGUUUCCCACGAGCCAGAAAUCCUUUCUGUUCCGGAGAAGAAGCCCGAACCCGUUCCCGUGAAACCCGAACCCGUUUCGACGAAGCCCGAUUCCAUCCCCGAGACGUUGCAAUCUCGUUCGAACGACGAGAAAAAGCUAGACACCGCGAAAGAAACGUCCUUCGUUCUUCGGAAAGAUAAAAAGGAGCGAACCGAUGCCCCAGAGACCGACGAGUACGAAUUGGAAUUGGAAUUGGAAAUCGAAGCGACGCUGAUGAAAUGUUCGAAGCCGGAGAAGCAGGAAGCACGAAAAGAAGCGGUGGACGAAUUAAUAUCUUUCACGGCGCCGAAAGAAAAAUUCCCCAGAAUCGGUAUCGACGCAUGGUUUAACCCCGAGAGACUCGAUCCGAAAGUCGCGGACCUAAUCUAUUGGCGCGAUCCAAAGAAAACGGGCCCCGUCUUCGGGGCCAUACUCUGCGUGCUCCUCUCGCUGGUCUUCUUCAGUCUGAUCAGCGUCCUCGCUUACAUCUCUUUCUUCGUCCUCACCGGGAACGUUCUGUUCAGGAUCUACAAGACAGUCUUUCAAGCUAUCCAGAAGACAUCCGAUGGACAUCCGUUCAAGGACAUUUUGGAGAUGGACUUAACGGUACCAGCGGAAAAGGUGCACGAAGUCGCGGAUGUGGCCGUCGCGCAUGCAAACGCGGCGGUCAACGAACUCCGCAGGCUCUUCCUCGUUGAGGAUUUCGUCGACUCGCUGAAAUUCGGCGUCAUCCUUUGGUGCCUCACCUACGUGGGCUCUUGGUUCAACGGCUUGACUCUGCUAAUCCUCGAAGUGGUUAGCCUCUUCACACUACCGAAGGUGUACGAGACGAACAAGGCGCAAAUCGAUCAGAAUUUGGCCUUGGUCUACGGCAACAUCAACGAACUCACCGCACGGGUGAGAGCCGCGAUACCGCUUGGUAAGAAAGAGCCAGUGAAGGAAGAGUAAAUAGGAGAACGUAUGUACCACCACGCGGGGGCAAACAAUUUCAGCGAAUUUGUCGGGCAACUGAAGAAUCCACAUGUAGAAGUAGCCAAGAGAGUCAGAGAAUACAGAAAAACAAAAUCCGCAAAGGCCGCGUAAAUGGACGACUAGAAAAAGACUACGAUAAACUCGAGAAAUCGUGGACACAUCGAAGGAGAGGGACACACAAAGAGAGAGAGAUAUAUAGAUAGAUGGAGAGAGAGAGAGAGAUAGAGAGAGAAGAAGAAAAGAGAAGACAAGAGAGACGAAGAGUAAGUUAUAACUGAUACAAGUUAAAGCGCAAAGAUUACAAGCCUGUUUAGAGCGGAAAUACAACAGGAAAGGAGAUGAGAUUAUCGUUACCGUAGAGGAAGAGGAUUGACAUAUGACAUAUAUGCGGCGGUCUUUUCUUAACGAUUAAAACACAGCGGCAGCUGGAUUUCAUUGUCCGACGAUGUCUCGUAAACGCGAGCUUUCCUUUUCCGGAUUUGCACGGUGUCCCUGUUGAUGGAAAUAAUAAAAACAAAACAAAAAAAAAUACAAAAGAAACAGAAAGAAGUAACAAGUUUAGCGAUUAUGUUAAUUCGUUGCGACACGAGCGAAGCGAAUAGAGUUCUUUGUACUCUAUACCACAAUUCUCUACGAAUCAUAAUGAACGGUGCAAUGUGUGCGCGUGUGCGUCUGUCUGCCUGUCUGCCUGUGCGUGCGUGCGUGCGUGGCUGCGUACGCGUCUAUGACCUAUAGGAGUUUUUAUCCUGUCACAUGUUCUUUUUCUCCUUCCUUCCUUCCUUCCUUCCUUCCUUGUAUUCCUGUCUCUUUUCGAUUUUAUUUUUCCCCCCACCCCAUUCUCCCACGCUGACUCGUACUGAUUUCCCUCUUUUCUUUUUUUUCCUUUUUCUUUUCUUGACAUCUAGAUUGAUAUGCGACUCCAUUAAACACUGUGCAGUUGUUCGCUUUACAAUUUAACCGAGGCGUUCCGCUAGAAUUCGCGUGAACAGUUUCUUUUCUCCCGUUGGAAAGAUGACGAUACGAUAGGUGCUUUCCUAUUUUGUUUUUGUUUUCUCUUUUUGAGUCCGACGGAAACUUCGAAUCAAUAUAUAUAUAUAUAUAUAUAUAUAUAUAUAUAUUAUCGGAACGUUUUACGUUAACGAUGUAACGAUGAAUUUAAAAGCAAACCGACUCGCUUCGUCGGAUUUAGGGACGCUUUUCGUGCUAGAAAGACGUUCGAACGUGGCGCGUUUACGCCUAUGCGUGAGGUAUGUAACAUUUGUUUGUCGCCGUCGAAACGGUCGAUAUUUUUGUUUUCUUCGAUGAAUUUGUUUUUUUUUUGUAGGAGAGAAUUUUAUCGCAGGAAACUGGUUUAACACGUUCGCGCCAGCACCGUUUUUUCUUUUUUUGUUUUGUUGCGAACCGUGUUUGUAAUCAACGACGGUAACCACGCCGACGUGAACGUGUUAAAAUGAUUCUUUGAACGAGAUCCAGUGUUUCGAAUUUGUUCACGCGUCCCUCCUGGUGUAUCGGUUCGAUCAUGUUUACACGCUCGAGGCAGUCGAUUCCAACAGUUUCCUGUAUCUUGUACAUCGAUAGUGACGCACGCUCAAUUAACACUCCUCAAUGUAUGCGGAUCGCGUACUUUUUUAUUUGUUUGUACCGCGAGCAGCCAUUUAAAUGGAGACUAGAAUUUUCUUAAAUAAACCGUAGGCUUUUAAAAUGCUUCUAUUGUUGAUAGAAUGAAUGUGCAAAACACUUUACAUGUUUUAUGGGCGCACAGUAUCGGCCCGUAUACAAUGAACAAUUAAUUAUUCGCCAGGCUAUACAUAUGUAGAUGAUGAACGUCCUCACGGUGUUUCGAUCGAUUUAUUUCCGUGUCAUCUUUCCAACAUCGUUUCCGAAUAGCAAUCAAUUUUCACAGUUCACACGGUGUUACGAAAUUAUUUUCGAUCGUAGAUUGUAAACAAUUCUCACCAUCCGAAAUCGUAAUGAAUUAUUAAAGAACAGUAAUAUAGAUUUGUAUAUGGUUUUUUGUCAACUGUCGAACCAAGCCAAGUUAACCUUUUCGUUGAUCACCGGGUAUAUACUUGCAAUUGGUAGAACCGAUCAACAAAAACACCGGUGAGUGACUUUAAGAUAAUAAGAAACGAACGUUAAUUAGACAUUAUUUUUUCUUUCGUUAGAAACAGUGUUGUGUACGUUGUGUUGGAGCGCUUGCGUAGGCGUGUGCGCGCGUGUGUGUUUAACAACAAAAGAGUAGGAGAAAUAAUCAAUCGACAAAAAAAAAGGAAUGGAACAGAAACGUUUGUUAUCCAUUAUUCAUGUCGUCGUGAAUAUUGCACAUUUAUCUUAAAUAUUAUUUUUUUAACUGAAGCUAUAACUACCUAUAUAUACAUAUACAUAUAUAGAUAGAUAGAUAACAUUUAAUGAAAUUUCAAUUUACCGUCGACAUAUUUAAGAUACAUGAUUUCUAUGAAGUUUUUCCCGAUGAUUUACCUGUUUGAUCAGAUUAUAAUGAAAGUUUCACGAUUGGUUAACAAGUACGUCGUUUGCAUUGAAUUUUAUAUGUUUCAUUCUAUGAGAAAUUAAAGCGGUUUCUAUUAUGUUACGUUGUUAAUUGUUAAUAUAUCGAUUUAUUCGACUU